CAAAGUGACAUUUUACAUACGAAAUCGGCUUGAGAAAAACGGAGGAGAAUCGCUUUUCUCGUCACAAAAGUUGGUGCGUGCGAACGGCUGAACCCCACAAUCGAUAGGGUAGUGUGAAGCGUGACACGGUGUAGCACGAAGAGAGACGCACAGUUAACGUAAAGUUUUGCGCGAAGCAACAGCAUCCGGAACCGGAUUUUCAACACUUCGCUCGCGGACACGUUCGGAGCACCAACGCAGUGCGCCUUCCCAUCCCGCUCCACCGCACACACAGAUAGGCGACGGUGAAGGAGAAGACAGAACACCCCGAGGAGGAAUAAAACAUGGCUGCCAGUGCGAGCGGUGAUAAAGCUGCGGAUGAUUCACUCUAUCCGAUUGCUGUUUUGAUCGAUGAGCUGAAAAAUGAAGAUAUUCAGCUCCGCCUAAACUCGAUCAAGAAGCUGUCGACGAUUGCCCUAGCACUCGGCGAAGAGCGGACGCGCAACGAGCUGAUCCCGUUCCUGACCGAGUCCAUCUACGACGAGGAUGAGGUGCUGCUGGCACUGGCCGAGCAGCUCGGCAACUUUAUCCCGCUGGUCGGCGGGCCCGAGUACGCGAUGUAUCUGAUACCGCCGCUCGAAUCGCUCGCCACGGUCGAGGAGACGGUGGUGCGCGAGAAGGCGGUCGAGUCGCUCCGUACCGUGGCCGGCCAGCACAGCGCCCAGGAUCUGGAGGUGCACCUGGUGCCGACGCUGCAGCGCCUGGUGUCGGGCGACUGGUUCACAUCGCGCACGUCCGCCUGCGGCCUGUUCUCCGUGUGCUAUCCGCGCGUGUCGGCCGCGGUCAAGUCGGAGCUGCGCAUCAACUUCCGCACGCUCUGCCAGGACGAGACGCCGAUGGUGCGCCGUGCGGCCGCGGGCAAGCUCGGCGAGUUCGCCAAGGUGGUCGAGCUGGAGUAUCUCAAGUCGGACCUGAUCCCCACCUUCGUACAGAUGGCCCAGGACGAGCAGGACUCCGUGCGGCUGCUCGCGGUCGAGGCGUGCGUCAGCAUUGCCCAGCUGCUGCCACAGGACGAGGUGGAACUGAAUGUCAUGCCAACGCUGCGCCAGUGCGUCAACGACAACUCCUGGCGCGUCCGGUACAUGGUGUCGGAAAAGCUGACCGAUCUGCAGAAAGCGGUCGGGCAGGAGAUCACCAAGAACGAUCUCGUAUCGGCCUUCCAGUUCCUGCUGAAAGAUAGCGAGGCGGAGGUGCGCGCCUCCGCCUCGGCCAAGGUGACCGAGUUCUGCGCCAACCUGGACAAAGCCUGCCAGGAGCAGAUCAUCAUGACGUCGAUCCUGCCGUGCGUGAAGGAGCUGGUGGCCGACUCGAACCAGCACGUCAAGUCGGCGCUCGCGUCGGUCAUCAUGGGGCUGAGCCCGAUCGUCGGCCGCAACAACACGAUCGAGCAUCUGCUGCCGCUGUUCCUGAUCCAGCUGAAGGACGAGUGGCCCGAGGUGCGGCUGAACAUCAUCUCGACGCUGGACUGCAUCAACGACGUGAUCGGCAUCCAGCAGCUGUCCCAGUCACUGCUGCCGGCGAUCGUCGAGCUGGCGGAGGACAGCAAGUGGCGCGUCCGGCUCGCCAUCAUCGAGUACAUGCCGCUGCUGGCCGGGCAGCUCGGGCAGGAGUUCUUCAACCAGAAGCUGCGCGAUCUGUGCUUCAACUGGCUGAACGAUCACGUGUACGCGAUCCGCGAGGCGGCCACGCUCAACAUGAAGAAGAUCGUGCAAACGUUCGGCACCCAGUGGGCGGAAACGAACAUUAUCAACCAGAUUUUGGUGAUGUACAAAAACAGCAACUAUUUGCACCGAAUGACCUGCCUGUUCUGCAUCAACGCACUGGCCGACGUUUGCGGUGCUGACAUCAUCGAGCGGCUGUUCCUGCCGACCAUCAAAGUAUUAUCGACCGAUCCGGUGGCGAACGUGCGCUUCAACGUGGCGAAAACGCUGCAGAAACUGUCGCCAUUCCUCGACCAGGCUGCCAUCGACGAGCACGUGAAGCCGAUCCUGGAGAAGCUCAACACCGACACGGACGUGGACGUGAAAUACUUUGCCUCGGAAGCGAUGGUGAGCAGUGCCGGAGUAUGGGUGGGCAUGAAGCCGGUGCGGGCCCACCUAGACACGGCCAAGUUUGUGCUGUUCUACGGACCAAAGUUUGAGGACCAUGAGACGUACAGUUUGGAAAAGGCCGAGGACAUCCUGCAGCACAGCCGGUUCGACAAGAGCAAAAAGACGGUCAUGUACUUCCACGGCUACAUCGAGUCAAUGGAGGUGGAGAGUGUGCACGUCAUUGCCGAUGCGUACCUGAAGCGGGGUGACCAUAACAUCAUCAUCCUCGACUGGGCACAGCUGGCGGACGGGAACUAUCUGCUGGAGGCCGUCCCCAACUGCAAGAAGGUAAGCGUGGCUUGAAGUUAUCUUGGAUCCGUCGUACUGCGGAUGAUCAAUGCGGGGCUGAAUGUGGACAAACUGCACCUCGUUGGACAUUCGCUCGGUGGUCAGCUGGCGGGAUACGUUGGACGCACUGUGAUAGCUCAAUCGGAAAAGCGAGUCAAGCUGAACAGAAUUUCGGCCCUCGAUCCUGCCUUCCCACCGUUCUAUCCGGGCAUCUUCGCUACCGCUCUAAGCUCCAAGGAUGCUGACUUUGUGGACGUCAUUCACACCGAUGCGUGGCUGUACGGUGCACCGGUCACGGGCACGGCCGACUUUUGGCCGAACAAUGGCAAAACCCUGCAGCCGGGCUGUCCGAAGCGAAACUACAAACUGCUCACCGACAAUGACCUGUGCAGCCACCGGCGCUCGUGGUGGUUCUGGGCGGAAAGUGUAGCGGAAAGCAAUGUGGCUUCGUUCCACUCGGUCAAAUGUAAAUCGUGGGACGAUUUCAAGGACGGCAAGGUCGAUCGGGCGGCUCCGAUCGUGCACAUGGGAAUCGAUUGCAGCUCUGAUGCCAAAGGUGACUACUACCUGCAGACCAACGGUGCCCCACCAUAUUCCAAAGGAGUGUCCGGCUCGAAAUUUGAAUAACAUUCGCUCCAUUAUUUGUUUUGAUUAGCUUAAGACUUCUCCAAGUUACCCUUUUGUACAAAAUGGUUUUUUAGUAAAGCAAAAAAACAUUCUUCCAACAAUA